AUGUUUGGAAAGGGAUUUCCGUUCGUCAAUGCUGCGGGAGGCUUCUAUCCUCGUGAUGAGGCCCGCAGAACGCCGGGGUAUACCACCAAAGUCCGAGUGCGAGACAACUACCACAUUGUGGGAUUCAUUAGCAGUGGCACCUACGGCCGGGUAUACAAGGCCAUCGGCAAGAAUGGCAAGCAGGGGGAAUUCGCGAUUAAGAAGUUUAAGCCCGAUAAGGAAGGCGAGUCGAUCCAGUACACUGGCCUUUCGCAGUCAGCCAUCCGAGAGAUGUCACUGUGCACUGAGCUCUCGCAUGCCAACGUCGUCCAGCUGGAAGAAAUCAUCCUCGAGGACAAAUGUAUCUUCAUGGUAUUCGAGUAUACGGAACACGACCUCCUUCAGAUAAUACAUCAUCACACUCAGCCUCAACGACAUGCGAUUCCUGCCGGCAUGGUUCGGUCGAUUCUCUUCCAGUUGCUCAAUGGGCUGCUCUAUUUGCACACUAAUUGGGUCCUGCACCGCGAUCUGAAGCCGGCCAACAUUCUCGUCACAUCUAGUGGCGCCAUUCGCAUCGGUGACCUAGGACUCGCCCGCCUUUUCUAUAAACCCCUCAACUCGCUUUUUUCUGGAGACAAGGUAGUCGUUACGAUCUGGUAUCGUGCCCCAGAGCUUCUCCUUGGAAGUCGACAUUAUACGCCUGCCGUCGAUAUGUGGGCUGUGGGAUGCAUCUUCGCCGAGCUUCUCUCUCUCCGCCCAAUCUUCAAAGGCGAAGAGGCCAAGAUGGACAGUAAAAAGACGGUUCCUUUCCAGCGCAACCAGAUGAUGAAAAUCGUCGAGAUCCUUGGGCUUCCACGCAAGGAGCACUGGCCGGGUCUCGUCUCUAUGCCUGAAUACACCCAACUACAAUCCAUGGUUCUCCACCGACAACCUCCGCAUUUUCACCGUGGAUCUAAUCUGGAGGGGUGGUAUCAAAGCUGCCUCAAGAAUGGCGGGUACUCAUCCAACUCAAGUGCGGGCACUCCCGGUGCGGACGGGUUUGACCUGCUUUCUCGCAUGCUGGAGUACGAUCCCACGAAGCGAAUCACAGCCCAGGAAGCCCUUGAGCAUCCAUAUUUUACGAACGGCGGACCUAUCAGUGGCAAUUGUUUUGAUGGGAUUGAAAGCAAGUACCCACACCGCCGUGUCACCCAAGACGACAACGAUAUUCGCACUGGUAGUCUCCCAGGAACCAAGCGAAGCGGUCUCCCAGAUGACAGUCUAUUGAGGGCCUCAAAGCGGCUUAAGGAAUGA